AUGCGAAUCGGGUUUCUUGAAUUCUAUCGAUCUAUCAGUUUCUGUCUAAGCCUGUUUAUAUUUAACGGUCGAUCUAAGUAUACGUAUAUCGAAAUUUGUUUCUAUCUAUCGAAGUUUAUUUCAAAUCUGAAUCUGUUUCUACCAAUCGGUUUGUCUAUAAACUUUCAUCCGGGUACUGUGAGUUCAAGUCCUGUCGUAAUCUAUUGCAUUUACAUCUAUCUAUUUCCGUCUGGUCAUUAUCUAUCUAUCUAUCUAUCUAUCUAUCUAUCUAUCUAUCUACAUCUAUUCAUUAUCUGUAUCUACCUAAUUAUCUAUCUUCUUCCUUAUUUAUCUAUCGAUCGAUUUCAAUCUUCUGUUCAUUAUCUAUCUAUCAUCUAUCUACCUAUCUAUCAUUAUCUAUCUAUCUAUCACAGUCUGUUCUAUCUAUCUAUCUAUCUAUCUAUCUAUGUUCAUUAUCUAUCUAUCUAUCUAUGUCUGUUCAUUACCUAUCGCUCACAUCUGUUCAUUAUCUAUCUAUCAAUAUAUGUCUGUCCAUUAUCUAUCUAUAGCUCACAGUCUGUUCAUUAUCUAUUUAUCUAUCUAUGUAUCUUCUAUCUCGGUAUGUCUGUCUCUCUGUCUAUCUAUCUAUUUAUCUAA